CUGCCUGUGACCUCUUGGCUGUGUACGUAACGCUGGAGAGGAAAAAUGACUGAACAGAGAUGUGAUUGUUCCGUUUUUCCCUCGGCGCCAGUGAACUAUUGGCUCGCGUCGACGAGUUUACAGCGAGAAUAAGGACCACAGUCAAGCUGUCCAACUAACGGAAUGUCGUUACUACCAGAAGCGACAGGUUAUUCGGUGAAUUUCGUCAGACAGACGUCGGACGAUGCUAAACGGCCAGCCAACUUUAAUCAACGUUAAUCGGAAUAAGCAGCUUCAGUUUUCCGCCUUUCAGCUGUUUGCUAACGUUACAUGACAGUCGACGUUUUUAUCCGAGAAGUAAACGCCAGGUGUGAAGCAGCAAGUUAACGUAACGUUAACGAUAGCUGCUUUAUUCGGUGGCGGGGACAGCCACGUCAGCUAACGUUAGCUUGACGCUGUUUCUCUCUAGUCUGUUAUAUUGCGAGCACUUGGUGCAGUUGGUUUGCUUUUGUGAGUCACAUUAUCCAACAAAAACUCAAAAGGGUAACGUUAUUCUUCUGAGACAAUGGCUCCGAUGGGUAUCCGGCUGUCACCCCUCGGUGUGGCGGUGUUCUGCCUCCUUGGAGUCGGUGUCAUCUACCACCUGUAUGCAGGGGUCAUCUCCAGCCGCCUGGCUGCUUUCAGAACGAGGGGAAAAGUGGAUCUGAGGGAACUGCUGGCUGUCUCAUUAGAGGCUGCAGUGCUCGGUGGCACGGAGGUGAAGAAGGUGCGUGAAGAAAAUGGCCUGAAGGAGAAGUCAAAAGGCAAGACAAAGGAGGGCGCCAAUGAGCUCCUGACUAUGGGUGACCUGCAGUCACACAGAAAGAUGUUUAACCUUAUAAGCAACGCCUUCCCUGAAGUCACAGUGAACAGUGAGGAACAUGACAACACGGUGGAUAAGGCUGCAGCCUGGAGUCGGGAUAUUCCAACCGACAUACGAGACAAGAUAGAGGGGGGCAAGUACGUUCCUGCUGACAGCAUCACUGUGUGGAUCGAUCCUCUAGAUGCUACACAGGAAUAUACAGAGAAUCUGGUGAAGUAUGUGACCACAAUGGUAUGUGUGGCUGUAGAUGGUAAACCAGUCAUUGGGGUCAUACACCAGCCAUUCACCGGGUUCACUGCGUGGGCGUUUGUAGGUCAGGGGUCAAAUAUGCGUCCCCGGCCGUCCUACACUGUCAGCCCUCCAAAGGCGAUUGUAUCACGUUCCCACUCUGGAACAGUUAAAAGUUAUGUUCAGGAGGCUUUUGGAAACAGCACAACAAUCAUUGAAGCAGGUGGAGCAGGAUAUAAGGUCCUGUCACUUUUGGAGAUGCCUUCAAGUGAAACAGGUUCUAUGGACCAGGCAGACGUUUACAUCCACGUCACCUUUAUCAAGAAAUGGGACAUCUGCGCUGGUGCAGCACUACUGAAAGCACUGGGAGGCCACAUGACAACGCUAAAGGGAGAGGACAUCGACUACAGUGGAACACCAGUCAACAAAGGAGGACUGGUGGCCAGUGUUGGUGUGGACCAUAAGGCCUUACUGGAGAGACUACCAAACUGGGACCCUGAAAAGCACUGAUAGACACAAACACAGAGCCAUUGGUAGUUUGGUCAGGUUUUGGUAAGGUGUGUUUGGCUGCCCUUUCCUAUACCUAAAAGUGGUCUGCAACCGUAACCAGGCCCCUGUGAUUUCAUCAUCGGUGUCAACGGCAUGGGCCACCGAGCAGGACGGUAAAACCAACACGGCUGCCACUGGAAACUGCAAUGGCUGACACAAUGGCUCUGAACGCACACUCUUGUGCAUGCAUACAUACUUUCAGCUAGUAGAAACGGUACACCUUCUUUUCCACAUUUCCGCAUAUACACAAAAACACAUGCUCACAGUGAACACUGGACAUCAGAGUACCUUCACCUACAGAGGACAACUCUGUAAUGACUCUUAAUGUGAGACAUUUAACUAAGGAGCACAAUGCUGAACAUUACAACAGAACCUCUGGAUUGACUGACACGAUUGUCUGUUAUCAUAUUAAGUCCCAACUUCAAACCUGGCCUAAACAACCAAUGAAGUUACAUAUUAUCAACAAACCGUCUGUUCACCAGCAUCAUUAUACCAAAUGAAUUCACUUCACACUAUCUAAGUGGUGUCAGCUCAGCUAGAAGGCACUGCUAAUCCCAAAUCAUGGCAAGGCCCAGACGGGAUCAGAUUUUACCAAUUUUGCUUAACAAUGUUGGAGACAAACAACAUAAAGGGGACAUUUGGAAGGAAAAGUUGUCCAUUUCCUCAUCUUUUGUUUGAGAAAGAUUUUUGGAUGAUUAAAUCUAUUCUCAGGUUUGGGUGUGAGCAUGCUGUGAUUGCUGUUCCCUUGCUCUCCUGUUAUAUACACAAAAACAUUGCACAAUAUGAUAACGGCAAGGUGUGGGUCUACCAACAGAAGCUACCUAGUCUACCAAGAGCAAUGGUAGCAAUGCUUCACUGGCAGUGAGAGCAAGGGCAGUCAUGGAAAAGAGUUUAAUGAACCUUAACCCUAAGCAGAAUAACUUAAAACAUCUGUGGGGGUCUUCACCUUCCUCAGCAUCCUAUAAAUACAUGUAAUGAGUUGGACUGAACUGAAAUCACUGUUUCUUCACACAUCACCUCUCCAGUACAAACAAUGUGGGUUGGACUGUUGCAGUUCUCAGUGAAUUAAGAGCAGAGGAAUCGGCUAACAGACUAAAGACUGGAUGGCAGUGUGGUCGCCUCUGCUGAGAACAAUGUACAAAAACAAGUACCAUCCAAUAUGUACAGUCUCAUUCAGGACUGGCACAUGGCCAUUACACAAGUAAUGCAUUUGUGUUUCAGUGGUGUUAUAUCACCAAGAACUAAAUGGAAGUUUAAAAAAAAAAAAAACAAGUCUAACCUGAGCUGGAUCUGUAAAUUUCCUCCUCCAAUUUUCUUGCAAGCCAUUCCUGCUACUAAGUGCAUGGUUUUGUAUUUUGAUUAACCUUCACCCUAACACUUUUCACCCUACUGAAAAUGUAAUAUGCUCGAUCAACUCCUAUUUAUGCGGACUACUGUAGGUCUUUCUGAACUGUCUGCCAUUAAGUGUUGCAGUCUGUUUUAACUGACAGUCCAACAGCCAAUGUGUGCGAUGUGUGUUCGCCAACAAACACUGGCAUGAAGUUGGACUUGUCUUUUUGCUGUGAAACCUUGUUAUAUGGUGUAAAACAACCAUC